GAGCUGCAUGUGGCUGAUUGAGCUCGACGUCACUUAAUUUUCGGGAAGCUUGAUUGUAGCUUCUAACUUCAACUAUAAAACUAUCCCGAAUUGGCAAUUUAACUACCUUUCUAGCCAUAAAGUUCCGGCGUCACCUCCGACUUCAUACCUCUUCUCCGCUACUUCCCCGAUAUUGAACCGAUUCAGUCAUAGUCAAGAUGUUCCGUUUUCACAAAACCCUUGACAUUGUCACCCUCUUCCAUAAGUCCGGAUCUCCGGCCUCACUAAGAGCAGCCAAUAUCUUAAAGCAAGUUUCUGCCAAUGCUACCGAGACAGCAACCGAGGACCAAGCUAGUGAUCACUCUCAUCAGACUCACCCCAAGCGCUCACGCCAAGAGUUUGAAUUGAACAUCACUGAGGACCCUCCCACAUCAGAUCAACUUAGGACCAUCUUGGAAUACGUCGGCAAGAAUAACAUCAGCGCUGUCGUUCAAGGUGCUUCGACAGAGAAUGAGGCACUAAAGAAGUUCAGAGAGAAUGCGGAGAACUUCAAGAGACCAGUGAUUGUGGACUGGAAUAAUGGAAAGGCUGUUGCUACCGACAAGGAGUCCGAAAUACUCAAAAUGCUAGAACAGGUGAAUGGGAAGGAAUGAUCCUAGGGAUAUAUAUUUCAUCCCCGCGCUAUCUACGCAUUACCAGGGCUGUAUAUUAAUUGAGAUGGAAUGCCCAACUUGUGUUUGCCUUGGCUUCUUCAACCUUAAUGUUAAAGAUAACAUAUCCAACUCAGGAUAUUACAAGCAAACUCAAUCUUGCUCUAUUAGGUAACUCAUCUGUGUCCAGUCAGUCCUACAGUUUGCGUAGGAUGCUAAGGGUACAUAAUUGGCAACUGUAUGUAUAGGUAGUUUACUCAUUAUACAAAUCUCUACUCUAGAUCCCGGAGGUAGUAAUGCCAUACUAUAUAAAUAGCUAUA